AUGUUUGCAUUAAGUGUUUCAAAAUUAUUGGCAUCUUGCAUUACAUAUCCAUAUGAGAUUGUUCGUAAUCGUCUUCAAGAUACUGAACAUGCUCAACAUAUCCAACAGCAAUCUUUAACACCUACAAGAAAAUUUCGUGAAUAUAAAAAUGUAUAUGAUACUGUACAAAUAAUUGCUCGAGAUAAAGGUUUACGAGAAUUUUAUCGUGAUAUUUUACCUAUUCGGAUAAGGACAGUACCAGCAGCAAUAUUAAUUAACAUUAUUAUCAUAUGA